GGUCCUGUACUCGUCGCGAAUUUGCUGGGUGGUGUUGGCGGUGUGUUUUGUACCUAGUCGAGUGUUUCUGCUGUAUGAAAGAUUCAUUAUAGAGAUUUGUAAAUCGCAUCUUAAAAGCAACACUUUAUAGUGGUUUAGCUGUUACUGUCCCUUGAAUAUAUAUACAGAUCAAAUGGCCGCUAUUCGUAAGAAACUGGUGGUGGUUGGGGACGGUGCCUGCGGAAAAACCUGUCUGCUGAUCGUCUUCAGUAAGGACGAGUUCCCGGAGGUCUACGUACCCACAGUCUUCGAGAACUACGUGGCGGACAUCGAGGUGGACAUCAAGCAGGUGGAGCUGGCUCUCUGGGACACGGCCGGCCAGGAAGAUUACGACCGCCUCCGCCCUCUCUCCUACCCGGACACCGACGUCAUCCUUAUGUGCUUCUCCGUGGACAGCCCGGAUUCUUUGGAGAACAUCCCCGAGAAGUGGGUGCCCGAGGUGAAGCACUUCUGCCCCAACGUGCCCAUAAUCCUGGUGGCCAACAAAAAGGACCUGCGCAACGACGAGAAUGUCAGGAACGAGCUGUCGCGGAUGAAGCAGGAGCCGGUGAAAACUGAGGACGGCAGGGCCAUGGCCGUGCGCAUUGGCGCCUACGACUACCUGGAGUGUUCGGCCAAGACCAAGGACGGGGUCCGGGAGGUCUUCGAGACGGCGACCCGGGCCGCCCUGCAGAAACGCUCUAGGCCGUCGGGCGGCUGCGUCAACUGCUGCAAGUUGCUGUGAAACUGCUGGACUGACCGCUGACAACCACGAACCGAACAAGUGAUGGGGCAUUUGAUGCUCCGGCGUCGAUCUGUGCCAAGACUCAUGAAAGCGGGGCAGAGGGACCCCACCAGCAGACCUUUGGGGUACACUGGGGAGGGGGGGGCGAGGGGUGAUGCAUAAACAUCCUUCGGGUAGCUGGAGGUGACAGACCCAUCGAGAAGUGACAGCCAACAGUUAAUUUCGUUUUUAUAUAUAUAUAUAUAUAUAUAUACUGCUUUGGUUGGACAGGCUUCGCAAACGCCAGGUGACUCUGUGGGGUGUUGGGGGGGGGGGGGGGGGGGGGGGGGGGUUCUGAAUGCCUGGCUGCUGCUCCGUCCCGUUUGAAUGUCGAGAACAUGGGGACAGAUCCAACCGGGGGGGCACGAAAGACGCAAAGUCCCGUCGGGGAAGGAACGUGUUUUUUUUUUUUUUUGUUUUUUUGAGGGCGACAAACUUCUGUAUCCAGUAAAAUAAUCGCAGCAGUAAUAUUAAAGUCGGGAUGGGGAAUUGAAAAAGCGGGUUGGGCGGAGGCGGCCGGCGUGACUCUAAACGGACAGUCUUUUGUUAACGGUGCGUUUCUCACGGCCGGCUUGGUCUCGGUCCCUCGUUAGACCUUCGGCGGUUUGCGACGGGCGACACGGAGCGAGCGACUGGCCCUUGCUGAGCGCAGCACCCCCUUUCUUUACUUCCAUUUUGCACAAAGUCUAGAUGCUGCUCAAGGCUCUUCGACAUCAGCAUUUAUACGUUGUGGCACCUAGAAAGCGUGUGUGCUCUGUAAACGACGUGCUCAUUUGUGUUGUUUCUGAAAAACCCUUGGAAAGAGGCUGUUUUCCGUACUUUUUUCUCCUAGCUGACCACGGCGGCGUGGGAACUGGCGCCCAGAAGCGAUCCCACCAAGCUUUGUGUGAAAUGUUCUGCUCUGUCUACUGCAGAGGGGUUUUUUCAAUAUCUAAAUUGUUCAAUAAUAUUUUUACGUCUUAAUGCCUGUAGUUCAAAGGAUUUUUUCUUUGUUUAAAAGGACGUAAAUGCAUACAAAGACUUAUGGGAUGUUUACAAAGCGACGUGCUGUGUGUAAAAUUCUGCCAAACAAAGUAUUCAAUGUUUAAAUUAAAGCCUUGAUUGUUAAUUUCCAUCAA